AUGUCACUGAUUUACGCUGUUGUUGCCAAUGGCGCCACGGUCCUUACUGAACAUACCAACAGCAAUGGAAACUUUGGACAAGUGACCCAGGCCAUUCUCGAAAAGAUUCCCCCAACCAAUUCCAAGCUUACUUAUGUCUAUGGAAGCCACUUGUUCCACUAUAUUUGUGAAGAUGGUCUCACCUAUAUGUGCAUGGCCGAUGAUUCGUUUGGUCGUCGUAUCCCAUUUGCUUUCUUGCAAGAUAUCAAAGAACGGUUUCUCGAGCGAUAUGGCAAGGAUCGUGCAUUAGAAGCCCCUCCAUACGGUUUGAAUGAAUUCUCCCGUGUGCUCUCCAAGCAAAUGGAAUUCUUUUCUUCCAAUCCAAGCGCUGAUAGGUUGAAGCAAGUCCAUGGUGAAAUUGAACAAGUCAAGGAUGUGAUGGUUCACAAUAUCGAACGUGUGCUGGAGCGAGGAGAACGCAUUGAAUUGCUUGUGGACAAGACCGAUACCCUUAAUCAACAUGCAUCAGGCUUUAAGAAGCGUAGUACACAAGUCAAGCGUUCCAUGUGGUGGAAGAACAUGAAGAUUGUUACCAUGAUUAUCUUGUUAUUGAUUGUGAUUGCGUACUUUAUUGCAACUUCUGUGUGUGGAUUCCCAGCUUUCCAAGCCUGCUUUUCUUGA